CACCCGCCUCCUGCCGCCAGGGCCGGGAACGAGGGCAGGCCAGGGCGGCGGCACAGGAGAGCGGAGGAGCAGCGGCAGAGCGGGCCGGGGCCGCCAUGGUGCUGGUGGUGGUGAUAGGCGUGAGCGGCUCGGGAAAGACCACGGUGGGGUCCCGCCUGGCAGCGAAGCUGGGAUGGAAAUUCUAUGAUGCAGACAAUUAUCAUCCUCUAGAGAAUAAGAAGAAAAUGGCAGGAGGAACACCACUAAAUGAUGAGGACAGGAUUCCUUGGCUUUGUACAUUGCACAAUAUACUAAGGAGAGAAGACUCAUCUAGACAAGAUGCAAUUCUGGCAUGUUCUGCACUGAAGAAGAUGUAUAGGCAUAUAUUAGUUAAUGGAGCAUCUGCAAUUGAGACAGAGCAACCAGAAGAAAAACCAUCACUAAAGAUCCUCUUUGUUCAUUUGGAUGGGCCUAUAGACAUCAUUGCUAGCCGCCUGGAGAAGCGGAGAGGUCAUUUUAUGCCACCUAAACUUCUCAAGUCUCAGUUUGAUACUCUAGAGCCUCCUAGUGCACCUGAGAACUUCAUUACUGUCAGUCUAGAAAAACCUCUCCCUGAAAUAGUGCUAGAGAUUGAGAGCGCUAUUCUUCAGGGUGAGGCAUUAGUGGAGUAAUUUUCUGAAUGACACAUAUAGAAAUUCCCUUGAGGAUAUCAAAGUUAUGGAAGAGGAUUUUAAUUAUUAAAUUGAUUAUUAAAUCAAAUCAAUUUAUUAUUCAUUAUACUUAAAUGGAUUGCAAUAUUAAGAGCUGGUUUACUACUCUUGGGUUUUUUUCAUCCUGGCUCUGUAAAAGACAUAAAAGGUAUAAUUUUCAAGAACUUUCAACUUUUUACUUUAAACCCUUCACUAUAUGAAGCCAAAACUCUCAUUUUAGUAAGAACCCCAAAAUGGAAGUCAACACUCCCAUUUUAGCAAGAGCCAGGAAAAUCCUGCCAAGGUCACAAAGAAUAAUUUAUUUUUUUAAUUUUAAAGUUUACUCUGUCAGACAUGGAGAUGGGCACAUCUGCUAUUACGAGAUUAAGUAAUUUACAGCUUUGCCAGAAACAAUAUAUUUUUCUGGAAGAGACAGGAACAUGCAUGAUGUUCCUACACUACCACUGUCUCCACACUACCAAGUUGCAACCUCUGCAUUUGUGACCCUGCCGACCUCACCAGAGCACUGAUGACGUCAUGAGGACUUUCAUGAACUCUUACUGUAUGCACUGAACACGAAGCUAAAAAAUGUGAGACAAAAAAAGGCAGCGGUGGUGACACAAUAUACAAAAUACAAUUGUAUGGACAGCUUUGGAAAUAAAGUAUAAGUGGCAUCAUGCUGGCUCUGAA